AUGUUUAAGAAAAUCAACGCAGUUUUCGUGGUGGGGGAGAGCAGUCGCGCGCCGCAGGACUCCACGCUGAAGCGGAGCGUGAGUGCCAUGAGUGUUCAGGUCAGCAUGGCCCUGUACUACUACCAGAGCCGAGAGGACCAGAACCAGAACUGCUUAGAGUACUUACAGGAACUGGUCGCGCUCAGGCGGCAGUACACCAAGAGCAUCAGCGACCUCAAGAACAGCGAGACCGCGUUCCGCAAGAAGAAGCCCGCACCCCGGACCCCGCAAAACAGAGCUGCACAGAAUAUUAAGAGGCCUGGACCUUCUGCUCCACCUAUCCCAAGUGAAGAAGACACACUCCAGUUCUUUGAUGCAGUCAUUGCAAGCUGUGACCCAGAGCCCAGUCGAAAACCACAUGUGGACAAUGGACAUGCAGAUGUAGACUUCAUAGUGGCAACCAGUACCAGUGAGCAUGACCUUCACUCUAACUGGGUGCUUCGGGAUCCUCGUCGAAUCUCCAUGACGGAGUCGCAGCCCAAGAAUUCAGAAAUCAGUCACAGGCAGGCAGCCCAGCAGAAGGGGGUCAUGGGAAGCACAGGCACCAGGAGAUGUCUGCAACGAAACCCAAUCCACCUGCCAAAAGUGGUGGAGAGUGCCUUUCAGACUCUACGCUUCAAACCCAAGCUCAAGAAGAAAGACUAGCUGCUUAAGCGGUUCCACUUGUUGUGCCCAGAGGACAACUAAAACUUCACAGCUGUGCAAUCAAGAAGUUGGAUCUGGAAGAAAGAAUAAGGAAUAAUCUGACACACCACAGAAGAUGUGACCUCUGUGACGCAUGUCAGUGUGUACUCACUGCCAGAGCUUCAUAAAUUAUACACAGCAGAUCAGAAUCUCUUUUUCGGUAGCUUGCGAUAGCAAAUGCUUAAGGCCAUUAAUAGAGCGUAACCACUGAACAAUAACCCUGUGCACUGAUUCCAGACAGAGCAACUGGAAUUUCCUUACAACAGUAACACAGAUCUGAGGAUGACCUAUCUGAUGAACAAUAAUCAGAUAAUUAGACAGGGAUCAGACAUAUGAGUGAUGCUAAACACAUAAAGGUCAAGGAGAUAGCUAUUUACUGCCUAAUUGUUAUAGGCGAACAUUAAAGGGAUAGUUCACCCAAAAAUUUAAAUUUGAUGUUUAUCUGCUUACCCCCAGGGCAUCCAAAAUGUAGGUGGCUUUGUUUCUUCAGUAGAACACAAAAAAGAAAUUUAACUCAAACCGUUACAAUCGGCCAGU